AUGGCUGCUGCUGCUCUUCUCCGAAUGUCCAAGUCCUCAUCAGCGCAAUCGACAGCCGUUUCCAGAGCCUUCACCUCCUUCGUCAGCUCACGGAAUUUCUCCGCCUCUUCUUCCUCGGCGUACAAUCCCGAGCCCGACAUCGCCAGAUCUCCUCCGUCGUCUUUCCUAUCUCGGAAUUCACCCUUGCCUCAAGACCCCAAGGACAGGAACGUCCAGUGGGUGUUCCUCGGCUGCCCUGGCGUCGGGAAGGGAACUUACGCAUCUCGAUUGUCCAAUCUCCUCGGCGUCCCCCACAUCGCCACCGGAGAUCUCGUCCGCGAAGAGCUCAAUUCCACCGGUCCUCUCGCCUCUCAGCUCAAGGAGAUCGUGAAUCAAGGCAAACUGGUUUCUGAUGAAAUCAUAAUAAACUUGCUAUCCAAACGUCUUGAAGCAGGGGAAGCUAAGGGAGAAUCCGGUUUCAUUCUUGAUGGCUUUCCUCGAACUAUUAGACAAGCGGAAAUAUUGGAAGGAGUCACAGAAAUUGAUUUGGUUGUGAACCUUCAGCUUCGGGAAGAAGCUCUCCUUGCAAAAUGCCUUGGCCGUAGGAUCUGCAGCCAGUGUGGGGGAAACUACAACAUUGCUUGCAUUGACAUCAAGGCGGAUAAUGGUGGACCUGGCAUCUAUAUGGCUCCUCUUCCGCCACCUCCACAGUGCGCAGACAAACUUAUCCAACGUGCCGAUGAUACUGAAGAAGUUGUCAAGGCUCGACUAGAAAUUUAUAAUGAGAUGAGUCGGCCCUUGGAGGAAUUUUACCGAAGUCGUGGGAAGUUGUUGGAGUUCAGUCUUCCAGGAGGGAUCCCAGAAUCAUGGCCGAAGCUGCUUGAAGCACUGAAUCUCGAAGACCAUGAAGUUAAACGCUCUGCAGCAGCAUGA